AGAGCUGGGCGGGAAGCUCGAGCGCCGGUUCCGGGUUCAGGCAGACAGAGGGUGCGCGGGUUUGCAGGCUCCACAGUGUUUGCGGAAGAACCCUUUCCUAUUAAAUGACCAUUAAAACUUGAUUUUGAGUUUUGUGGCUUGUGGUAUGGCCAAAGGAACUUCCAUUUCUGCUUCCAGCUUUGGCUUUGAGUACUGGUUGAAUAAGGCUGUUGAGUGGGGCCAGACCACCACUUUUGAAUCGCAACAAGAUGUCUGCCUACACCUGCCUAAAUUACAGGAGUUCCUGAAGCAGAUUUAUGAAGCCAUACAGCAUAUGAACAUUACUCCAGUAUUAAAGUUAUUUCCACUGAUUGGUCAGUUGUUGGGCAGACUUUGUUGGAAUCCAUUUGUUGUUGCACAUGAAGAGAGCCAGCAGAAUCUGUUACAGUGUCUAUGGUGUCUGUACAGUGCAGAACCUGAGAAUGCUGUGGAGCUGAAGGCCAAUGAGUGGAUAUGGAGCUCGCUGCAGAGUUUGACUGGUGUCAAUCAUGGAGUAAGAAGUUUUAUUCAGAGUUUACAAUACCCAGAGGAGGAAUACCACUCUAAAUUGUUGACAAUUAUGGUCUCCUCUUUAGUUAAGGAACUUCAAGGCUAUCAGUGUGACAGAAGUUCCUUGUUUCUAAGAUUUGUAUACUCCACCAUGGAAAAUGGAGUGGACAGGCUACCACCAGAACGACGGAGGACCUAUUCUGUUCUCUGCGUACCUAUUGUCACAUUACCUGAAGUUUUUCCUUUGGUGGAAGCUCUUCUGACUUGUCAUGAAGAUGGUUUGGAUGAAACUCUUAGUGCAGAAUUUCUAGAGUCUGUCAGCAAUGGCCUUCUGCAAUUUUCACUCCUCCUCCACUCUAGCCUGCCAACAGAGGACAGAUUUACAAUAUGGAAAAAGAUUUUCCUGUCUGAGGCUGCAGUGAUGAGCUUGUGGCUUCGCUACCUCCCCAGUCUGGAACAAGCUAUUUUCCAUCUUAUUGAAACUUUGAUUUCUCAUCCUUGUGCAUCUUUACUGGAAGUCGAAGCUAUUAUCACGGAUUCAUUACUGCCUAAAGCAGCAGCCUAUCAUCCAUCAUUAUUUAGGGUACUUGAUAACUUUUUCAGGGCCACCCUACUAGAUUCUGAUGGGCAUCCUAAAAUUAUUACCAUUAUACAAGUAUUUACACAGUGUUUUGUUCAAGCAUUGCUACAGGUGCAACCUCAGAUGCCACUGAAGCUCUACUUUCCAUAUAAUCACCAAUCUCUUGUGAUGGCACUACUAGUGCAUCCUUCAGAGAUGCCAUCAACUGCCUGGUCCCAGCACCUAAUAAGUAUUAUUCAAAUUUUGAAGGGGAUUGUACAGGAUAAAGAAGGCACACGAACCUCUGCAAAUCUAUUUGAGAAUUGGUUUUUACUGGUUCACUUUGGAGACUGGGUGAACGUUGCCCUACAGCAAUUGAUGACAGCAGACGAUAUCUCAGAGAUGCUGCUUUGGCUUUUGAUGUUCUUCUUUGAGCCACAUAUGGAAGACCAACAAGAGAGUAAUUUGCUGGAAAAUGUGAAAUCUGUGUACAGUCAAAUAAAGAUACUAAGCAACAAGUCAAUGUUGAAUCUCGAGGAUCUGCGGACUGCUUUAUUCACUGGGAAUCUCUACACAGAACAGAGUCACCUUAAAGACCUAAUCAAUCACCUCCUUGUGAGCUUUUUAUUAUUUUCAGCUGGUGGACACAGAAUAGCAAAGGAGUCUGUGCAACUUUUCAUGUUAGCUGGAGCUGCCACUGGUGGAAUUUCAGAAUUGCUGGCUAGUACUGCGCAUAGACUAAAGAACAAAAGACGUGGAGCAUCAAAAGAUGAUAAGGUGCAGAGCACUAUUGAACUCCUGCAACAGCAGAUACUAGAAACCCAAUCUGAAAGAGUGCAAUCAAAUCAUCUCUUGCAUUAAGCAAUGCACUAUAUUUAAUGAUUUUAGUGACUGUUUCCAGUUCAUUCAUGUUUGAAAUAAACAUCUGAAAAUCCAUGCAUAAAUGCACACAUUACUGCAUUUUAUAGACAAUUUUCCCCAGAAUUUAUUACAAACAUUAUUAAGCUCUUUUCAGUGUCUUGUUCCAAUUAAGAAACAUAUACUUUUGAAUCUGGGAGUUUGGCAGAGAAAAUGAUUUGUAGUAAAGCCAAGCAAUUAUAUGCCAAAUCAAAAUCAGGUGACAGCACUACGUUCACACACAAAUGACUUAAUAACUUCAGUUCAGAAAAUAAAACCUGGUAUCUUUGCAA